AUGGCGUAUGCAGAUGCCGACACACCUCUGCUACAUACGCGAAAUGGUACCUACACUGGUAUCUACUCACCCAACUACGACCAAGACUUUUUUCUGGGCGUGCCCUACGCUCAGCCGCCCGUUGAAAACCUUCGGUGGAGACUGCCACAGAGCAUCAACACCUCAUUUACUGGCACGAGAGAGGCAGCCAAGUAUCCGCCAAAUUGUAUCGGUCUUGGUGGUGACAGCUGGGGGUACCCACUCUCAGAAGACUGCUUGUACCUGAACAUUAUUCGGCCCCAUGUAUCUCAGGCCGAUCAAGCAGGGACUCAAGACGAGCCUCUGCCCAUUGCUGUGUGGAUCCACGGAGGUGGCUUUUACAUGGGCGGUAGCGGCGACCUUCGCUUCAACAUGUCCAUGAUUGUUGACAACGCUCAAAAAGCCGGUACACCUUUUAUUGCCAUUAGUCUGAACUACCGUCUGAACGGCUUUGGGUUCUUGUACUCCAAUGAGAUCCGUGGCGAAGGCGCCACGAAUCUAGGUCUUCGAGACCAGCGUUUGGCAUUGCACUGGAUCCAGGAAAAUGCUCGUCAAUUUGGUGGCGACCCGCGCAAAGUCACCAUUUGGGGCCAAAGUUGCGGUGGUAAUAGCGUCGGCUUCCACAUGCUGGCGUACGGCGGUCGCGACGAUGGCCUCUUCUCUGCUGGCAUCAUGCAAAGCGGAAACCCCGAGCCUUGGCGAGCUCUCAAUGGCACUGAAUUUUAUCAACCUCUGUACCACAAUGUUACAGAACACGUGCAUCCAUCGCCGGAGUACGCCGCAGCCAACGACAUGACAUCCGAGGAGACUUGCGCCAACGCUGCAGAUAGUCUUGCAUGCUUGCGUACUGGGAAGCUUGAAGAGCUCAAUGCUGUCUUCAACGGAUCUCGCGAUAUAAGUCAAAAGUGGUUUCCGAUUGUGGACGGUGACUUUCUGCGCGAGUAUCCAUCGCGACAGCUGAGCUCAGGUAGCUUUGUCAGGAUACCAAUUAUUACAGGCGCCACCACAAACGAGGGCCACUGGUUUGUCCCACCACUUGAGGACAAGCCUGAAGACUUUCUGACCUACCUCAAACACCCGCAAGUCUUCACCGGCCGCCCUUACCAACUCGGACUGCCCGCCAAGCUUGCAGAUCGGCUUUUCGAGACCUACUGGCCAAGCAUUUGUCCUGACGCGCCAGAUGGCAACUGCACGAACUAUGAAAGCCCUCGAAUUGAUGGCAUGAGUCCUACCUAUCUUCGCGCAUCUACCUUUGCUGGUGAUGCAGUCUUCAUCGCCCCUCGCAGGUCUAUGUGUGAAGCAGCUGCGCGAUUUGGUAUGCCGGCGUAUUGCUACCGCUUUGAUGCCAUCCCCCAUGGACAGCAGGCCCCAACUCAUUUUCAUGAGGUAUCAUUUGUCUUUGACAACACCAAGGGCUUAGGAUACCACCUACCAAUUCACCCGCUGCCAUUCACCGGAAAACCAGACAGUUACCUCCAGCUCGCAAAACUUAUAAGUCGCUCUUGGGUCAGCUUUAUCGUGGACCACGACCCUAACUCAUGGCGUCGACAGGGCCAGUGGGAUGGACUAGAGCCAGAAUGGCCUGUCUAUGGCAAGGAAAACCCCCACAACUUCGUUUUCAAGCCCGGCCAGAGUCACUUAGAGCCUGACACGUUCCGGAAGGAGCAGAUAAGGCUCAUCAACGACAACGCCCAUAUUUUCCAGCGUUAA